AGGCCGUUCGGGCUCAACCGGGGAUAGUUCCUCCUCACGGCGAUGUGCCCGUGUGCGUCGAGGGCGCCCCUUGUACCCCGGCGACUGUCAUGGUGCGGAUCUUCCGUGGGCGCCACCCAUGGGAACUCUACUACACUCGAACCCCCGUGGUUCUGCGCAAAGAGGAGAUGCGCCGGCGCCUGUCGCUUGUAGCAGCACACCUGGGCUACCUCACAGGGGUGGGUGAGUAUCUGAUGACCGACAUGCUGCUCCUGAGGAUUUUUGCCCUGACUGGCUGCGGGCUCAUCGUGGCGUACCAGUCCGCGCAGCCCAGGAUCCAGUGGAUCUCCGCGGGCUGGAACACGCUGUUCGCUUUCACGAACAUAUUCCACAUCCUACCGCGCGUCUUCCUGCUGGUGCGCCCGGACCCGGUGUUCCUCGAGGAGGAGGAGGCGCUGCUGGCCGACCUGCAGGGCCAGCUGGACGACCAGCUCACGCGGCGGCAGUUCGCCUCGCUGCUGGCGGUCGGGGAGUGGCGCGCGCUCCGCGGCGGCGAGGUGCUCCUGGAGGAGGGCCUCAGCCACGAGGGGCACUCCGUGUUCCUGGUCUCCUCGGGCACCUGCCGCGUGCUGCAGGGCGGGCGGCAGCUGCGCACGCUCGGGCGCGGGCGCCUCGUGGGUGAGCUGGAGGUGCCGCCGCUGGCCGCCGGGGGCGCCGCCGCGCCGCUCCCGGCCAUCGCCACGGUGGUCGCCGAGGGCGACGCGCGCUGCCUCGCGCUGCCCUGGGCGCGGCUGCGGGCGUCCCCGGAGGCCCUGGACGCGCUGCAGGGCGUGCUGGCGGCCUCGCUGGUGUCCAAGGCUGUGAGCGCGGGGUGCGAGGCGGGGGCGCUGCAGUACGGCGCCGUGCUGGAGACGGCGCACCGGGCUGGCCUGGACCCGGACGACGAGGCGGUGGCGGGCUUCCGCCGCAGGUACAUGAUCACCGACCAGCAGCACGAGAGGGCGGUGGCCGAACUGAGCCACUGCUCCGAUGGCGGGCGGUGGCCGAACUGAGCCACCGCUCCGAUGGCGGGUCUGGCACGUGCGGCGCCGCCGCGGCGGCGGCGGUGGUGGCAGCCUGCUCCGAGAGCACCUCGGCCCAGCCGAUCUGAGGGCGCUUGUAGCUGCCGCUGCCAGGCUACAUGCUACACGCGGCUUGCAGCCAGCUGGGGGCCUGAGGUGACCCGGAACAACCGGUCCGUUCCGACCCCGGGGAGGGGUCCUGGGAUCCACUUUGAUCGGAUUCGCCCUCGCCCCGCUCUCUUGACCGAUUCUCUCCGAGCUUAUCCAUCCCAGAGCCCCUGGCUGCCUCCAACAUGCGGCGGCUUCGUUGGAUGUGGAGUGUUGUUCGGAGGGGCCCCGCGCGGCGCGCUCCAGUGAGGGGCCUCGCCUGCGGGAGAUCGAGGCGCAGUCAGCACCUCCGCGAGGGGCGGCGGGAGGCCAGCGGAGGGCGGCGGAGGCAGCGCGGGGGCGGCCCCCGCGGGCGGAAGGGCCGUCGGAACCACCGGGUGCCCUCCCAGGAGGUGUCCAUGUCAUUCGGG